ACAAUGUAAAUACACGAUUUAAUGUAUUUAUAAUAAUUCGUACGCAGUACACUCCUAUUUUAUAUUUUAAUGCGUGUUUUAUAUAAAAAGAUAAUAAAUACGAAUAAAAAAAAAACAGACAAUUUGAAUCUACUUUAUUAAUCCAUCCGUACUCCGUACAAUUAUGUAAUUAAUAAUUUGUCAUUAUAACAAUGGUAUAGAUAUAAAAAUCGUCAUUCAUUUACUAUUUCGCGUAUAACAAUAAUUAACACUUUUAACGCAGUUUCGCCAUAUGUGAGUAACAUAAAAAUAUGUACGUACAAGUGUUUAUAUAUAAUUUAACUAUAAAAAAAUAAAAUUAUAUAAUAAUAUUACAAUUACUUUUUAUAUUAUUCUUCGAAAUAAUUUAAACAAAGUCCUGGUAUCUUAGGACAGGUGGCAUAAAAAGUUACAGUAUUAUUAAAAUUUUUUUUAGUUUUACAUCAAUCUUUCUAGAGUCUGUUUACUUUUCUCGUAACAAAUAAUAUAUAUUCGACUUGUAUAUGUUUUAUUUCAAUACAUAUAAUCAUAACGAUUAAUUUAAAGAUAUAAUAAUUCUGUAAUUAAAAAUUUCCUAAAUCUUGUGGAUUUGUUUUGAUUAGUAUUUGACGGUUAAACAAUAUGCAAAUUCAAACUUGCAAUUAACAAAACAUACUAAAAUUGUACUAGACGGUCAACAUAUCAAAAGAAAUAAAAUGAAAUAUUAUAAUAUUACAAAUUAAAUUAUUAAAGAAAUUGUAAUAUGAUAUUGAUGUGAUAACAUAAUAUUAAAGAUAUUACAAAUAUAUCUAAAUAUAUAAAAAAAAUUUUACAAAAUAGUGUAAUAAUCAAAGUUUUUUAACGUAAAAUAAAAUAGAAGCUGCCUUCUUUCUAUCUCCCGCUGGUAGCAAUUAAAAUCCCAAUGUAAAAGAUUGAAAAACAGAUAAAGAAAAGAAAUAAGUAACAAUAAUAAUAAUAAUAAUCCAUGUUCAAAUAAAAAGGAAAGAAAGAAGUUAAAAUAAAAAGAAAAAAAGAGUAUCGAAAGGAUAGUUUGACGUAAAGACACCCACGCACAGAGAAUUUUCACUGAGUUUGGAAUAUCGUCAGAGAGUAGAUAACGGUUAGUAAUUUUCUACCUGGUUAACCAAUACCGUACGAGUUUCUCAAUCUUUCCGUUCGUAACAUUAGCCACCCUCGCAACUAUUCGCACCCUGUUGCACGGGGUCCCAUGUGGCCUGAGCUGAUAAGCACGAAAUUGUGUUUUCAUCGAAUUUACAGAGCGUAUCUGCCUGUAUAAAAGGAGCACCCUGGGGACUACCAGCAUCAGCAGCUCUCCAGAGCUCAGAGGAAGAACAUCUUCCGAGUUUCAAUAUUUUUUGCUUCGAAGAAACAAGAACGAGAACUUUAGAAAUCAUCAAAUUUCUAAUCGUACAGUUUUUUAAUCGUAGAAUGAGGCGUACGAGGCACGUGGUCUUACCCGUGCGGUCCUGGCAAUACAUCGGUUUAUUGCUAGUAUCACUGGCAUGCGUGACUUUCGGUUUGAUAGCUAGGGACAGAGAAGGACAAGCAGGAAGCCUGACCGGUCCUGAACUCCUUCAUCGUGCCCCUCAUAAUGUGGACGUUUGCCCAAAUUUGAAUCCUUUGACAACAUCUUCGGUCUGUCUUAGUCUUCCGGAAAAACAGUAUCUCACCUUGAAAAAUAAUGAAGGAAAGGAAAUCGGUUCCGAUAUCAUUCGAGUUGAACGUAAAAAAUCGAUCGAAUCGUGUAUCAACAGAAAUGCAGUUUUGGAAAGAAGACACAGAACGUUAAGAGAACGACGAGUUUCAGAACGUUCUUCUUAUCCAACAAAUAGACAGUCACGUUCUUUGGAACGAGUCGAUUCAAGAAUCGAAAACAUUCGAUUAUCUUAUCGCCAUUCGCCAAAUCCAGAAAUGACUCGAGAUAUAACGGAUCGUAUAAGGCAAUUAUCAAGAAGGUUCUCUAAUGAUAAAUUCAGAUCCAUAGAACGUCGCGAACAAAAAGGAAUAAAACGAACAGACGGACAAAGAACUCUUGAUAAUCGUGAAUUAAAAGAACGAAGAGAACGAUUCGAAGUAGACACACGUAGAAAGUUCGAUUCUCGAGGUAUCGAAAAAAGAGAAAUUAGGAAUAUUGAAAGAACAAUUGGAGAUAAUCGAAAAAAUGUUCGAGAAAAUACUCAAGAUAACAGAUCGAAUUCUGUAGAAAGACAAAUUUUCAGAAGCGAAAAUAUGGAAAGGCGUUUCAUGAAAGAACGACGCAGUAACGAUCGUAGAAAUUCUCGAAUCGACACUUCGGACCGUCAAUCGAAUAUAGAUGUAAAACGUAGAAAUUCUCGAGUCGAUACUUUAAAUCGCGAACGUCGAUUGGAUAUAAGAGCAGAACGUAGAAAUUCUCGACUUGAUACUGUUAAUAGACAACGCGAAUCAAACCUAAGCAUAGAACGUAGAAAUUCUCGACUUAAUACUUCUAAUCGUGAACGUCGAUUGGAUGUAAGCGCAGAACGUAAAAAUUCUCAACUUGAUACUUUUAAUCGCGAACGUCAAUCAAAUAUAGAUGCAGAACGUAGAAAUUCUCGAACCGAUACUUUAAAUCGCGAACGUCGAUUGGAUGUAAGAGCAGAACAUAGAAAUUCUCGACUUGAAACUAUUAAUAGGCAACGUGGAUCAACCCUAAGCGUAGAACGUAGAAAUUCUCGACUUCAUACUUUUAAUUGCGAACGUCAAUCAAAUAUAGAUGCAGAACAUAGAAAUUCUCGAGCCGACACUUUAAAUCGCGAACGUCGAUUGGAUUUAAGCGCAGAACGUAGAAAUUCUCGACUUGAUACUGUUAAUAGCCAACGUGGAUUAAGCUUAAGCGUAGAACGUAGAAAUUCUCGACUUAAUACUUUUAAUCGCGAACGUCAAUCAAAUAUAGAUGCAGAACGUAGAAAUUCUCGAACCGAUACCUUAAAUCGCGAACGUCGAUUGGAUGUAAGCGCAGAACGUAGGAAUUCUCGACUUGAUACUUUUAAACGCGAACGUCAAUCAAAUAUAGAUCCAGAACGUAGAAAUUCUCGAGCCGAUACUUUAAAUCGCGAACGUCGAUUGGAUGUAAGCGCAGAACGUAGAAAUUCUCGACUUGAUACUAUUAAUAGCCGACGCGAAUCAAACCUAAGCGUAGAACGUAGAAAUUCUCGACUUAAUACUUUAAAUCGCGAACGUCGAUUGGAUGAAAGCGUAGAACGUAGAAAUUCUCGACUUAAUACUUUAAAUCGCGAACGUCGAUUGGAUGAAAGCGCAGAACGUAGAAAUUCUCGACUUGAUACUGUUAAUAGCCAACGCAGAUCAAGCUUAAACGUAGAACGUAGAAAUUCUCGACUUGAUACUGUUAAUAGCCAACGUGGAUCAAGCUUAAGCGUAGAACGUAGAAAUUCUCGACUUAAUACUCUUAAUCGCGAACGUCAAUCAAAUAUAAAUACAGAACAUAGAAAUUCUCGAGCCGAUACCUUAAAUCGCGAACGUCGAUUGGAUGUAAGCGCAGAACGUAGAAAUUCUCGACUUGAUACUUUUAAACGCGAACGUCAAUCAAAUAUAGAUCCAGAACGUAGAAAUUCUCGAGCCGAUACUUUAAAUCGCGAACGUCAAUUGGAUGUAAGCGCAGAACGUAGAAAUUCUCGACUUGAUACUAUUAAUAGCCAACGCGGAUCAAGCUUAAGCGCAGAACGUAGAAAUUCUCGACUUGAUACUGUUAAUAGCCAACGUGGAUCAAGCUUAAGCGUAGAACGUAGAAAUUCUCGACUUAAUACUUUCAAUCGCGAACGUCAAUCAAAUAUAGAUGCAGAACGUAGAAAUUCUCGAACCGAUACUUUAAAUCGCGAACGUCGAUUGGAUGUAAGCGCAGAACGUAGAAAUUCUCGAUUUGAUACUAUUAAUAGCCAACGCGGAUCAAGCUUAAGCGUAGAACGUAGAAAUUCUCGAUUUAAUACUUUUAAUCGUGAACGUAAAUCAAAUAUAGAUGCAGAACGUAGAAAUUCUCGACUUAAUACUUUAAAUCGCGAACGUCGAUUGGAUGUAAGCGCAGAACGUAGAAAUUCUCGACUUGAUACUGUUAAUAGCCAACGUGGAUCAAGCUUAAGUGCAGAACGUAGAAAUUCUCGACUUGAUACUGUUAAUAGCCAACGUGGAUCAAGCUUAAGCGUAGAACGUAGAAAUUCUCGACUUAAUACUUUCAAUCGCGAACGUCAAUCGAACAUAGAUGCAGAACGUAGAAAUUCUCGACUUAAUACUUUAAAUCGCGAACGUCGAUUGGAUGUAAGCGCAGAACGUAGAAAUUCUCGACUUGAUACUGUUAAUAGCCAACGUGGAUCAAGCUUAAGUGCAGAACGUAGAAAUUCUCGACUUGAUACUGUUAAUAGCCAACGUGGAUCAAGCUUAAGCGUAGAACGUAGAAAUUCUCGACUUAAUACUUUCAAUCGCGAACGUCAAUCGAACAUAGAUGCAGAACGUAGAAAUUCUCGAACCGAUACUUUAAAUCGCGAACGUCGAUUGAAUGUAAGCGCAGAACGUAGAAAUUCUCGACUGGAUACUAUUAAUAGCCGACGCGAAUCAAACUUAAGUGUAGAACGUAGAAAUUCUCGACUUAAUACUUUAAAUCGCGAACGUCGAUUGGAUGAAAGCGCAGAACGUAGAAAUUCUCGACUUGAUACUGUUAAUAGCCAACGCAGAUCAAGCUUAAACGUAGAACGUAGAAAUUCUCGACUUGAUACUGUUAAUAGCGAACGCGGAUCAAGCUUAAGCAAUGAACGCAGAAAUUCUCUACUGAAUACUUUUAAUCGCGGAUCAAACCUAAGCGUAGAACGUAGAAAUUCUCAAUUUAAUACUUUUAAUCGUGAACGUCGAUUGAGCGUAGAUGUAGAACGUAAAAAUUCCCAAUACGAUACUUUUAACCGCGAACGUCAAUCAAAUGUAGGCGUAGAAUAUAGAAAUAACCGACGUGAUACUUCUAAUCGUGAACGUCGGUCGUCAAGUAUGACUGACCUAACACGAACUCGAAAUCGAUACGAUCGUGAAUCAAUUAUCUCGAACUUUUUAAGAAUAAGAAAAUCUACCUCUCACGAUAAUACACCAGCCGAUCGACAUGAUAUCAGACGAAAAAAUUCCCUCUCCGAAAUUAGAAACAUAAGAUUUAAUUCGUUGAAACGGCAGCAAUCUGGUAACAGACUCGAGAAUCAACGAUUUGAACAAAGAAUGAUCUAUCUCGAAAAUCGGGAACUCUUCGAUCGUCGCUCUCGUUCAGUCGAUCGACAAAAUAUGAACACAUUAGAUCGCAAUAACAGAUACCUCGGUUUAGAACGUAGAAUCUUAAUUGAUCGUGCAUCCGAAUAUAUAGAUCGCCGUGAUAAUAGACGCGAACUUGUUAACCGUUUAUCACGAUCUUCAUUCUCUGUUAGGAAUUCUCGAGGAGAAAUUGUUCAUAUUAAACCCAACAGAUCGUCCGAAUCUAUAGAUAACUACGAACAACGCAAUAUUUUAUUGAACCACCGAAUUAUGGAAAUACAGAAACCAAAUCGUCGUGAAGUUAACACUCUGAGGCGUACGGUUCGAUCUUCAAAUAUUGAAUAUCUUCGAAAUUCUCCUCGUAUCGCACGUUACUCUUUCGAUCGAUCCUUCUUAGAUCAUACCAAUAGAAUCGAACGUUUCUCGAAUGAACGAUCGAACGAAAAAUUGACCGAACGUAGAUCAACGCGAGGAGAAAUCGCCGUCGAGAUUUCAUUUGCGGAACGAAGACAAACGCAGUACGGACAACGUCGCAUUGCAAGAACAUUAACACCCGAAAUUUCAAAUCGUAGAUCAUUUAUUGCACGGAAAUACCACGUUUCUAGGCAAGGAGAGAGUUUCCAGGCACUAAGUCGCUCGUUCGACAAUACGAAUCGAUUGAAUUCCAACGAAAGACGCGAAUCCGUUGAAAGUAGGCGCUUUAGAACAGACAACAAUCGUAGAUCAUCUGUUUUAUUGACCGAUCGACAAGAUACUCAACGACAACGAGAAAAUCUUGCACGUACUUCCAUUUUGCUUCGUACGAAUGAUCUUCAAGAACGAAGACGUUUAAAUAUGAGGGUUCAAGAACGAUAUAAUAGAAAAAUCCAAAGAACGAUUAGUGAGAGGCGUAAAUCCACUGAAUCUAACUUGGCCGGUAAAGUAGAACGUUCUACGGAAUUACAAUCUCAUGAUCACCAAAGAAAUGUUCGAUUGAAUUUGAUAGUAACGCGACAUAAUGAUUCACUUUACCGAGAAGUAAAUGAUGAUUUCGAUAAAGGUUUCAAAUUGAUUGAACGAUCUCGAAGCAACGCUAAUAGGAGAUCUUCGUAUCGAAGAUUAGUCGACCUCAGACAAUUUAAUUCUCUUCGUGACAAAAUCAAGACCUCUGAAAUGUCUAUUCGGGAUCGAAAUACACUUUUCGUUCCUAUGAUCGAUCGUGAUCGAUUUGAUUUAAUAAGAGACGGAGAGAAGACAAGACGAUUAUUUGAUACAAAUCACCGAACUCAGAAAAUCUCCUUAGAAUUUAGAAAUGACGAAUACGAAAAGCAAACCGGAAUGAUAGCGAACUUGCUAAAAACGAACGUUCUUUCGAACUACGAUUUGUCUUUCGAAAUUAUACGACAACCUUUUAUAAUCAUCAUUUGUAUCUUAUACGGAUCAUCGAUGUCCAAAAAUAACAAACUUUUUACUGAUAAUCUGAUGCAGCGUAUUCCCAAAUUUGCAUUAUGGUGAAUAAUUCCACGUCGACACUAUGCUACUUUUAACAUGCUACUUCUAUGAACCUGCUCGUCGUUGCUGUAAUAUAUCUAUAUAUUAUUUAUAUGUUAUCUAUAUAUAAUAGAAUAUAUCUGCAAAUACUCAUCUGCGCAGUUAAUGUAGAACACAAAGAAAUAACAAAGUAAUAUAUAUAUAUAUAUGUAUGUAUAAAGUAUAUUUUUUGUGCGAAUAAAUUGUUCAAACAAAAGUAAAAUGUAUUUCAUUACUACAAUCUAUUCCUAAAAAACUUUAUUUUACAUAUAUUCAUAAAUGUACGCUAAAAGAAAAAAGUAAAAAAUGUAGAGUUCAGCCAAACAGUCUCGAAACGAACGAAAAUAUCUUUCUACACGAUUGUUAAAAAUAUUUCACUUUUUAUAUUGCAGAAGAAUAUGAUCAUAAAGAAAUCACUAUAAUAUUUGACAUACUAGUGCCACGUAUAAAUAACUUUACCACAUUACGUCUAACAGUGUACUCUAAUCUCCCGAUAAAACAGUGAUACAGUUUUAUAAACAACAGCGAUGUUAAAAGAUAAUAAUUUCUUUUCGCAAUUGACAAAAAUUUUGUAAUUGAAGACAUUAUACAGGAUGUCCCAUUUAUCUCGAAAAGUUGAAAUAUUUCGUAAGAGACUGAAUUUAGCAAAAAAGUUUUUUACUCAUAUGUUUAGUAUGAAAAAACAAAUCAUAUGGUGAGAAUUUUUUUGUAAGUCAAAUAAUGAAGGAAAUUUAAAAGUCAAAUUCAUCUUCUUAAAUGGAACUACAUUCUUUUGAUAGUACCGUAGCGUUAAUCGAAAUAAAUUCAACGACAUACCAUAUG